AUGUCCGUCGUCAAUCUCACCUGCACUCCCUCCCAUAAUGAACAAGUCGACGAGUUUGACCCUUUGAAUGACGCUGCAACACCGCGCCGGAAGAGUGCGCACAAAAAGUCCAAGGAAAAGCCACAAUCUGUGCGAGAUCAAUGGCCUGGAUGGAAUAUCAUCGUUGGAAUCGAGGUACAUGCGCAACUCAAAACGAGAAACAAGCUAUUCUCCCACACAAUCGUUGCGGAAAAUCCCGACAUAAUGCCAAACGAACGCGUUUCGUUGUUCGACGCUGCAUUCCCUGGGACAUUGCCGAGAAUCAACCCUAUGUGUAUUUCUCUGGCUGCUCGGACGGCUUUGGCACUCCAGGCAGACAUUCAGCCUCGGUCCGCUUUUGAUAGGAAGCAUUACUUUUAUGGGGAUCUACCUGCCGGCUAUCAGAUUACACAGAAUUAUGCUCCCUUUGCGCGGAACGGGCACGUCGAGUUGCUCAAGACUGGGAAGCAAGUCCGAAUUAAGCAGAUCCAAAUCGAGCAAGACACAGCCAAAUCAUUGAGUAGCGGAUCAGGGACGACAUACGACUUGAAUCGGGUGGGCAUGCCGCUGUUGGAAAUCGUGUCCCAGCCGGACAUUACAUCCGCCGAAGAGGCGGGAGAAUACGUCCGAAGUUUGCAGGCCAUCUUGCGAAGUGUUGGUGUUAGCGAUGGGAUGAUGGAAGCGGGCUCGUUUCGGUGUGAUGUGAAUGUGUCGAUUCACCGAGAUGGCGAACCAAUGGGGACCAGAACGGAAGUCAAAAACCUCAACAGUAUUAAGAGUGUCAUCCUCGCAACUAAUGCGGAAGUUGUUCGCCAGAUGGCCAUUUUAAACGCGGUGCCCUCUUCCUCUUCGAAUUCGCCCAGGAUCGCCCAGGAGACCCUGACGUUUGACGAAGACACAAUGCUGACAAGGCCAUUACGGAGCAAAGAGGGUGUCGAAGAUUAUAGAUACAUGCCAGACCCCAAUCUUCCGAAUGUUCUGUUUCGCAAGGACGAUGUAUCGUCCAUUCAAGAUGAACUCAUCGCGCUUGGUAUGACUGGCCAUGGACCAGAUGGGCACGUCCAUUAUGGCUGGUAUGGAACCAAAAGGCGAUUACAGUCACUCUUGGAUGUUUCCGCACCGUCCUCGAGCGUGAGCGAUGUGAAGCAUAGCAACGCCAUGGAGCAUAUGCUGAGGGACUUGGAAGUCUUGAUGCUCCUCGAUGCCGGCAAAACCGUUGGUUGGGAUGGCGAAGUCGAGAAUGGGGCCGUCGCAUUCUUUGAACGUGCCAUCAAAGGCGACCAGCAUUCGACGCAUCGACGAGAUCCCAAAGUUGUCCUUAAUUGGAUGAUUCACGAGUUACUUGGUCAAUUAACCUAUCGCCAACUAACGUUUGCGCAAAAUCCACUCAGUGCAGAGCAACUGGGGGAUAUCGUUGAUGCCGUCGAAGCAAGUCAGAUCACCAACACUGCUGGCAAGACACUACUCCGACAUAUUCUCGACGCUGCUACACCGCUAGCGUCAGAUUCCUCGACAGACUCCACCCAUACACCACCUAGUCUUUCUAUUCAAUCUCUUAUUGAUCAACUUGGCCUCGCAAAAUCGCGUUCGGACACAGACUUGGAGGAAUGGUGCCAACGUGCGAUUGACGAGUUGCCGGACAAAGCCGAGAGGGUGAGAGAAGGCAAAUUGAACGUAAUCAAUGCCCUCGUCGGCAGGGUUAUGAAAAUCAGCAAGGGUGCGGCAGAUGCAGUGUCGGCAAGGGCUGUUUUGGCGACAAAGCUCGGCAUACAGCUCCAAGAUGGGAAGAGUGAAUAA